UGAAGGGUGACUGUUUCAUGUAAUCUCGUUCGUCUCCAUAUUUUUUCUGUGAUUCUUGUUGAAAUGUAGCUCUACUUCCUCCCUCCAAAUGGGCGUGGCUUUGACUGAACAGCAGAGGGGAGGUCGUCGUUAACGUAGGAGACGUACCGGAAAAAUCUGACAAAAUGGCUUCAUCAAGCGCAACAAAAACCUUGGGGAAGGAUGACGACACAGAUAAACAGCCUCUGGGUAGAAGAAGACACUCCAAAGGUGAUGGUCCAAACAUGUCCAUGACCAGGAUUGUGCUGGUGGGGAAGACAGGCGCUGGAAAAAGCUCUUCAGGAAACACAAUCCUGGGGAGGAGAGCUUUUAGAGAUGAUAGAUCUAGCUCUUCUGUAACUAAGGAGUGUUGUAAGGAGACAGAAGAGAUGGCAGGGAGACAGGUCUGGCUAGUGGACACACCAGGAUUAUUUGAUACAAGCCACUCUGACAGUUACUUGGAGACAGAGAUCAGUAAAUGUAUCAACAUGACGUCACCUGGUCCACACGCCAUCGUAUUGGUCAUAAACGUAGGGCCUUUCACAGAAGAGGAACAGAACGCAGUAAAGAAAAUCAGGGUGCUGUUUGGAGAAGAAGCUGAAAGGUAUACCAUGAUCCUCUUCACCCAUGGAGAUGAGUUGGGUGAUGGCGGCAUUAAGCAGUACGUGAAUGAAGGACAGAAGGACCUCAAGAGAUUUAUGGAGCAGUGUGGUGGAAGGUACCAUGUUUUUGACAACACCAAGAUGGAAAACAGGGGACAAGUUCUGGAUUUCUUUGAGAAAAUUGACCACAUGGCGGCAGUAAACGGUCAAGACCACUACACCAAUGACAAAUACCAAGAGGUGGAGAGAACGCUUAGCACCAGGGAAGAAGAGUUGAGGAAGCAGUAUGAAGAAGAACUGCGGAAGCUACAAGACGAAGAGAAGAAACUGCCUCCCAGAUACCAGGAGGAAAUGAAGAAACUACAGAGUAAAAUUAAGGCACUGAAGCAGUCAACGGAGGAGGAAGAGAAGAAACUUAAAGAACUACAACUCCUGGAUCAAAACAAAAUCUGGCGAAUCAUGGAACACAAGCGUUACUAUGAGAGGAAGUUGAGGGCUGUGAGGGAGGAAGCAGAAUUAAUCCAAGAUAACAAAGGAAUGUCCACAGAGGUUUAUAAAAAGUUACAGGAUCUCCAUCUCUGAAAUAGCUGGGGACUGUGAAGGUUGUGUUUAUUUCUCUAUUA